AUGAUUUGGGCUUGCGGACAAUUGAUGAUUAAACCGCCAGAAUAAAAUAACAUUUUAAAUCUACCAAUAAUGGUUGUUAUAUCUUCUCUUGAUCAAACAACAGAAUUUUUAAGAGUGGGUAUUCGAUGUGGUGGAAAUGGAGAAAUAGCUAAAAACUAUUUGAAAUUAAUAAUGCUCUUUUUUGGGUGA